AAGUCAAACAGUCUUUCAUUUUACGCUGUGUUAUUCUUUAAAAUGGGAUGUAAAUAAAUACAAUAAAUAUAAAUAAUUAGAGACGAGAUCAGACAGAUGCGACGUGGAUGAAAUGCAUGUGAUAAUAUUUCGUGGACAAAUCCCUCGUGCAUCUGUGAUGUAAAGUCAGAGACGAAUCAUUUCUUAAGAAAAAAUAAAAGACUCAUCCAGCCAUGACGAGCAGCGCUGCUGUGUAAAAACAAACAGACAGACAAAAGAAAGUCGAGUUUAAUGGGGAGAAGCGAGAGACGAGCGCUGCCCAGAAUAAACUGAAAGGAAAAGAGCAGCGGAGAGGUGUGAACUGAAAGUGGACGUCGAGGAGAAAGAGACCUGAACUGAUUCCAGAGGUGAAUGUCUGUCAAAGGGCCCUCUCCAUGGAUAUAGACACAGACUAUGAGCGGCCCAAUGUGGAAACCAUUAAAUGUGUGGUGGUAGGGGAUAAUGCAGUAGGCAAGACCAGGCUCAUCUGUGCCCGGGCCUGCAAUGCCACCCUCACACAGUAUCAGCUGCUUGCCACCCACGUGCCAACCGUCUGGGCCAUCGACCAGUACCGUGUAUGCCAGGAGGUGUUAGAGAGAUCUCGUGAUGUCGUAGAUGAGGUCAGUGUGUCCCUGAGGCUGUGGGACACAUUCGGGGAUCAUCACAAAGACAGACGAUUUGCCUAUGGCAGGUCUGACGUAGUGGUGCUUUGCUUCUCUCUGGCGAAUCCCAAUUCCCUGCGCCACGUACGCACCAUGUGGUUUCCGGAGAUCAAGCACUUUUGUCCCCGUACACCCAUCAUUCUGGUUGGCUGCCAGCUGGAUCUGCGCUAUGCCGACCUGGAUGCAGUUAACCGUGCACGCAGACCCCUUGCCAAACCAAUCAAACCUACAGAUAUCCUUCCCCCAGAGAGAGGCCACGAGGUGGCAAAGGAGCUUGGGAUUCCGUACUAUGAGACCAGCAUUGUUGCCCAGUUUGGAGUCAAAGAUGUUUUUGACAAUGCCAUCCGAGCCGCCCUCAUCUCCCGUCGUCACCUGCAGUUCUGGAAGUCCCAUCUGAAAAAAGUCCAGAGGCCCCUUCUCCAGGCGCCGUUCCUGCCUCCUCGCCCACCUCGUCCCAUAGUGGGCAUCCCAGAUCCCCCUCCCACAGACGGCGAGGGCCCUGAUUCCCUUUUCUGCCAGCCACUGUGUACAGAUGUUCUUUUCCUUCUGCAGGGUGGUGCCACUCGCGUCUUUGCACACAAAGUAUAUCUGGCUACUUCCUGCUCCAAGUUCUAUGACCUCUUCACCCUUGAUCUUGGUGGAUCAAGCGUGGGGCCGCGGGGGGAGGAACAGGACAACAAGGAAAACUUGGAGAGUGGGGAGGAAGAUGAGCAGAGCAGGAGAGGAGCCAAGGAGCAAGCUGGUCGCACUAAAAGCCUGGACAUUGAUAAGGACGGGGUUGAUGGAGGAGUGCGGGGCCUGAAUCGACCCCAGCUGCUCCAGCAGGGCUCUUUGAGGACUUCCCAGAGUGAUAAUGCACUCCCUUCACGAGCCCACUACUCCCUGGGAGCACUAGGGACUGGUCGAGCACUUUCAGGAUGGGGAAGGGGGUUCCUGAGUGUGUGUCUGGAGCAUGUUGAUGAUCCCAUGACUGGACGACCACGACUCAUGACUGUGGUCGCCAUGGAUGCGCUUAUCCAGGAAGAACCAUUCAAGGCGGUUCUCCAGUACCUGUACACUGGCAGUCUGGACGAGGGCCGAGGGGAUCUGAUGCAAGUGGCCACCAUCGCAGAGCUGCUCGAAGUGUUUGACCUACGCAUGAUGGUGGCAAAUGUCCUCAACAGAGAGAGCUUCAUGAACCAGGAAAUCACCAAGGCUUUCCACGUCCGCAGAGCAAACCGCAUCAAGGAGUGUCUCAACAAAGGGACCUAUGCUGAUGUGGUGUUCCGACUGGACGAUGGCUGCCUCCCGGCCCACAAGCCCCUGCUCAUCUCCAGCUGCAACUGGAUGGCCGCCAUGUUCCGUGGCUCCUUCAUGGAAAGCUAUAUUGAGGAGGUAUCCAUUCCUAACACCAGUACAGCCUGUAUGCGUGGUGUAUUGGAGUUCCUGUACUGUGGCCUGCUGACGCCCUGUCCUGGUCUGGAUCCCAUGGAACUAAUUGUUCUCGCCAACCGUCUGUGUUUGCCACGCCUUGUCGCCCUCACAGAACAGCACGCUGUGGAUGAGCUUCUCCAGUUGGCAGCGAAAGGAGGUGACAUUGAUGGACAAGUGUUGGCUUACCUCGAGCUUGCACAGUUCCACAAUGCCAAGCAACUAUCGGCUUGGUGUCUCCAUCACAUCUGCACUAAUUAUAAUAGCAUCUGCCGCAAGUUCCCAAAAGACAUGAAGGUUAUGUCUCCAGAAAACCAGAGGCACUUUGAGAAGCAGCGCUGGCCUCCUGUGUGGUUCCUGAAGGAGGAGGAUCGCUAUCUGCGCUCCCAGAAAGAGCGCGAGCGCGAGGAGGAGAUCUUGCGCAAGCAGCACACCAAACGAGGCUGGUGUUUCUGGAGACACCCGUCCUCCUCUCCGCACAUCUCCUAAAGGGUUUCGUCCACUGACUUCUUCAUCCUGACCUGGGUCAUCCCACCCAGGAUAACUAACCCCCCUGUAAUGCAUAUAGAGGAGGUCGACUUCCAACCCUCUAUCAGUGGAGAAAUGACUCUGAGUGUUACUAUGCCUGAAUGUCAGCAUGUUUGGGGGAAUGUAUGUGCCUCUUUAUAAUUGUGGGUGACUUUAUGAGUGCAUUUUGGUAUGCUUGUGUGACAAGUGUGGACUUAACUGGUAUGUGCGUGGAUGUGUGAGUGUAUGUUUGCGGUUGGCAUGAUUGAGUGAUGCUUCCGAGUUGAGUGCUUCCCAGACGCCCUGAUCUUUAAGGGCCUGCAGCGUUGCAGUUGUCCCCUCCACAAGAGCUCUGUCCUUCCACCAGCACUCACAGUGUCCCAGCCUUUGAGUGAUUGGACUGGGAGCAAGGGCUCUCUAUCUCUCUCAGUCUCCUUCCGUCACAUUGACCUUAAUGACUAUUACACAUUGACCACUGCAGCUCCUCUCGGGAGCUUACCUCUGCCUUCACUUCUACGCAGACUGUUAGCUUGCACACGCAGACCGGUGCAGAACAUCCACCCCUCUAAAAACCAGCACUGGAUUCCCAGGAACUGACACUUAACAAUGUAAUUAUUAUAAUUUUGCUAUUAUUUGACCUUUUUGUAUAUUUUGUUGCGCCUUCUAGAACACUCUUAUCAGGGGAAAUGGCGCACAUUACUCCCAGGAAGUGUUGAGAAACGUGAUUGUCAUUGCAACACUGGGACUAAUUUAGAGCCCAGGUUUGGGUGUAAGGGCAACCUUAAAACCAUAAACAAGUUGUGAUGCUCCAGUCAGGAGGCUUGAUCACAGCUAUUAGCCUCGAGUGUAGUAUUGAAGUGGUCCUCGGUGUCCAUCAUCCACCCCUGCACCUUCCACCCCCCUCCUCCUGCACACCACAUGUGCAAAAAAGCAAAACACAAGCUCUCCUUGAUGAGUUGGAUUCACCAAUCUGCACUUCAGAGACAUUCAAAGUGACCACUCUAUAGCAAUGAUGGGGGUAAAGAGGGCUAGCCUUACUUGAUACCUCUGCCAUUGAGGAAUGAUGGAUGCAGUAUUAAACAAAUGCGCUUGUAACGUCCAUGACCACUUGGUUGCAUUAAAGCACCUCAGCCAGCCUGCCUUUACACCCCUACACCACUAGGGGCAGCACUGCUCAGGGCCCCAGCAUUAACCUUCACACUAAGUAACAGGAGUUUUUGUGCCUGUGAUUGCUUCACUUUAGAUUAAGAUCAGUAUAACUUCAAUCCUUGCAGUGUUAGGAGAAAGAUAAAGCACAGUGUUAUUAGUGCAUUUAAAAACGGACUGUACCUGACUAUUAAUUUUCACCUAAUUCUGAAUACCAAAGCUGUGAUUCUCUUUCUUCCUCGCUUUCUUUAUUUCUGUGUCCCUGCUUUCCUUGUUGGUGAGAAGGGAUGGAGGAGAAAAAGAGAAAGUGGUUUGCGGGAGAAGGAGGCAGUAUGAUAUAAUAUUUGAAUCCCUCCUUGUGGUGGCGUUUUCAGUCUGUGGUGUCAGGAGAAAAGUGUCCCUGUUGGACAUUGCCUUCCAUUCCUUUUGCUGGAAUUGAAAAUGGUGCUUAAGACACAAUAAGACAGUGUCCACAUGAACACAGAGACACACAUUAUAUGUUCACAGUUUAAACGUCUGUCUAGUUGUUUAGUGUUUACUUGCGAUGACCGUGCAGAUUAUUAAUGAUGGUAUUCAGAUUUGACACAUUUUUUUAAACCUCAAUUUUUCUUCUUUAUGUGCUUACAGUCUGUAAGAGGUCAUAAUAGGUCACUGAUUUUUAGAAUGUGUAGAUUUUGAUUUUACAUACAGUGGUUAUACCUUUGUACUGUCUUUAACUGCUUUUUGAAUUCAAAAACAGUGUGAUCUGUUUUGCUUCCUUGUUAACCAGGAAAAUAUUAUUAUUUAGAUUAAAUUUGCAAUUGUGAGUGUUGUCUCAAAGGAUAUGAUAUGUAACUGCAUAUGAGAGAAAAUCAGAUUUUCUUAUAAAGGGUGCUAAUUUGUUUGGGCUUUAGCACCGAAUGUGAAAACGAGACUUUGUGGUGAUGAGUUUCUAUUAGCACGUCGUUCUAUUUGUGGGUUUGCGCCCCUCAGCUUUACCCAGGCAACUGUAGGAGAUAGAUAGAUUGUGUGAGACAUGUGGUGCGUUCUGCCGUUCUCCAUGGGAGAUGUGUUGAAGUCAUUGUCGGCUACCGAAAUAGAAGUCAGAUAGGAUCUCACGAGACCCAAGUGAGAAUUAAGCUGAUUCCUCUCUGAAAAGAGUGAAAGUGGAGUAAAAGUGAACAAGUCUCAGUCAACAUUACAUGCAACCUAAAUGAUUAGGAAUUACUCCACAGAUAUUUCAGACCUAUCCCAGUGCAUUGCUUCGGGAAUUUACAAAAGAGACAUAAAGAGGACAAAGCUAGGGGACAGUUUUUGAGACUUUCAUGGCCCCCUUUUAGUUACCCAUAGAAGGGAAGGCAAUUUGAUUUAUCCUAUUGAUGGUUCUCUUGGUCCGUGUGCCUUAUAGAUGGACAAAACUAAAAACUAGAUUGGGAUUUUAGCAGCAUCUUAGUGCAAACCUGCAGACAGGUUCUGCAGUGGUUGACAUGAUGGAUACAGUAGACAAUGGCCAUGGUCAUGUUGGAUCUGUAUAAUGGGAUAUGGUGUUGCUUUAUGCACUCUCAGCCAUUGUCCUUCCUGAUUUUUGAGCAAAAUGGAGCCAUGGCUGUGGAGAAUCUUUAGGGCCUAAUGCUUGUUUUUAUGCAGAAAGGCCUUAAAUUGAACUUUCGUAGAUUGUAGAACAGUAGAUUGGUCUAAUCAUAUGGCCUUGGGUAAGGAUGUUUUCUAGAUUGCUAAUUAUUUGGAUGUAGUAGUCACACCAUGGUGGGAUAUAUCCACUGGUGAUUGAGAGGUAGUGAUUAAAUUGACUUACAGGUUAAUUCCUUUACUAUUAAAUUCAAAACCACUGACUUUGAGAAAGCAAAGCUUUUUGAUGAGCACUGGCUGGCCUGUGUGCUGGGAGAGUGCAACCACUUUUGGAAUGUGGUUAAUUUGCAUGGUGGCCUAACUUUUGUCAUUAUAAUGACUCUUGGUGUUGGAAUGCACUUUCUUCUUUUUUUGUCUAUGACUAUACCUUUCUGUGCUUAGCAUGAAUUGUUCCUUAUGUAAGAUUGUUUUUAAACCUGAUGAUUGUAGCACGAUAUUUCCACUUAAGUCUUUCAUGAUUUCCCACAACUUGCUCAGUGAGGAGCUGAAUCACCUGUCCAGCUUCUUGUUUAAGGUCUAGUUGGCACUGAACCCCAAAGUAGCUCUGUGUCUUUAUGCACAACUCAGUUUUAUGAAAUAAACUCAGCACAGCUCAAGGUAGCAUUAAUUUAAAUCAUAUGUUGGGACAUUUGCAUGAAAAACGAUUGCAGAUGAUCUCUUGCUGCUGUGCAGCUGUCCCCUCUGUGCUGUUACUGUAGUUACUAGAAACAAUCAAGCUUAUUCUUGUGAUUUUUAAGAUAAUGGAUACAGGGCCUAAAAUUGAAAAUCAUAAAAAUCAAAAUUCAAACUAAGCAUUGUAAUGCACAUAUUAUAAGAAUGUCCUAAAUGGCUGAAAGCCAAGUGUAAUGUAAUGUGAAAGAGGAAUUGGGUAAAGCAUGAUGCAUGUUUUUGGGGUUAGACAGGGACGUCUGUAUAUAAAGCAGCGUUUCUUAACCUUGGGGUUGGGACCCUGUCAGGGGUCUCUUGGUAUGCAUAUGGGGUCGUGGGAAAUUUCUAAAACUGAUAUAAUAAUAUUUAAUAAAUUAAACACUGUAGACUUGAAAUAUAUGUCAUAAUCACUAUAAUAUUUAUUUGAAUAUUUGAACCUCCAGUUAAUUGAGUACUUAUUGGUGAAAUUUUAGAGUUGUGGGAAAAAGAGAUGGAGUCAUGGGCCAGAAAAGGUUGAGAAACCCUGAUAUACAGAGAGAUGUGAAAUUUUAAACCUUGCCAGCUUUAUUCAGCUCUAAAUAUUAGCUCCACACUGACCCCUACAGGCCAAAGUCCCAUUCUGAUGUAGGAUGUAGGGUUGUGUUAUUCAUCUGGAUUGUCUUGUUCUAUCUUAUCACAUCCUUUUUACUGUCACAUCUCCUCAUUUAUAUUGGGUGGAGUUUUCUUCCUUCUUAGCAGGCCUCACCUUCCUUUUUAAAUGUGAGGCCUAGCAAUUCAGAGAACACCUUGUUUUUAGUCUUUGGUGUCUCCUUUCCUGUGCCUUCAGUGAAAUCUCACUCUUUUGGCUCUGUACAGGCUGACGGUGCUGCACCUGCAGCCUUCUGGGCUCAAAAUAAAGUCGAUUAAGCCAAGAAAUACACACGUGAGCACAGAAAUAAAAGUAGGCAGCUUUCUUUAAUGUACAGUAUCUUAGCAUAGUUACCGGCUAUUUGGGUCAUAGUGAUUACUUCCAAUGACAACACAGAUAAGGAGCUUUACAAGUUCAGUAUGUAGUAUCAUUAUGCUAAUGCUACGCAACUUAAAUUAUGAAAUGACCAAGAAACCCAGCAAACCAGCAGUUUAAAAAAAAUAAUGUUUUUGCACUGUUUCUGGUGCCUGCACUUUCUAUUAUGUAGCCUAAUACAACUUUUUUGAUAAGUAUGUUAAGUCUUUAUAUUUACCAGUUUUCUUGAUCAAAAUUAUAAAAAAUAUCUUAUUACUUUUCCACUUUCUUGUGAUCUGUUUCUCUCUAAGCCAAAUUCAACGUUAUACCCUAUUGCUUCCACUAUUUAGCUGCAAUGUACUAUGUUGCAAUCAUGCUUAAAGUCAGUGUAUUUUAAGUUGGAGAACAGCAUCUGUGGACUACUGGUUGGAUAAAAGGCAGAUAUUAGCUGUGAAAACUAUAAAUAUGCUUUAAUGAAGAUAGUUGUUAUCCAAAGUACAGUACAGUGUUGUAAAUUUGAGUCACAGCUGGAAUUAACCUCUCACCUUGUAACUGCUCGCCACACUGUAUGUAUUUUCUAAGCUGGUGUAUACAUAGGAUUGUGUGCACAGGGAGGCCCAGGACAGAUGGGGUGUUUAUAUAGACAUAUGUGGUGUGAUUAACCCCUGGUCUAUACUGUCAUUUUUAAGUGGAUCGUAUAUACUGUAUAGUAUUGUUAUGCACUUUUGUUUCCAUUGACUCAUAACAUCAAUCAGUAACAUUACCUACUCAUGUUAUUGUGUGUAUUACAAAUAAAGGCAAAAGAAAAGAGCACACCACACUUAUUAAGGGCUUUCAAGAAAAUAUACAACAAUCAGAAUGUUUUGCUGCUGUUGCAAAAAUGUUUUGAAACUAAAAAUUUGUAAUAUUUUUGAACCACUGUGAUUUGUACAAAAUUAAACAAAAACAAAAAAAAACUAAAGUUAAAAAAAAAAAGUUUUUUUCCUUUUUUUGCCAUUUCAGUAUUUUGAUGUUUGACAUGGAUUUUAUUAAAACUGUUAAUCUUUUGAA